AUGUUUCUGAAGGCAAAUCGAAGCACUGAUGGUCAUUCCUUUAUGGAAUAUAGAGCUGAUAAAAAUGUUAGCUUAAUUUUCUCCAGUGGUAUUACCGAAGUCAAUGCAUUUAAUGGUCUAUGGGCUCAGGUUACGACUACUACUUGGCAGUUAUCUGUGCCCGGUGAAAUCAUCAUCAGUUCCAAUACUGCAAAUGGUCUCAAUCGGCAGCUUCAUAUUGUUUCAGUCAGCACUGACAACAAUAUUAACAUAACCAUUUUUGACGCACAGGUGCAAAUGCGAUAUGGAAAUGUUACUGUACAGAUAACAUCAGAUUAUCGCAUUUUGAGGAUAAGAUCAGAAUUAUACAUGGUUAAUUUAAAAACUAUUGUAUCACCUUUUAAAAUAUUGAUUUACGACCACGAGAUGAUUGUGCGAUGCGAAAAUGAACGAUCAGUUGUUCAGUUACUCCCCAACUCGUCGAAUAUCAUCAUUGACACGAAUCAGUAUUCCAGAGUGGUCAUUGAUCGUGGAAGAGAAGCGGCCAUCCUAGGAGGUCGAGAAGUACGUCCGGCUGGCAAUAUAAAUCUUUUAUCAAUGCAGUUGAAAAUUUUAUUGAAGUCUGGCAAUAUUAGUUCCAUUCAUGCAUCUGCAAAUCGUUCACAAAUUACAAUGCAGACUACUUCAACAAAUAUGGUUUCAACGGCUGCACACCACGCCGUGGAUAUUAUUGGUGGAAGAAUAAAUUUGCAUGUUUUUACGGGCAACGUUUCAAUGGAUAUCGUUGCAAACACUCAUUCAGAAUCAUUGCCAACAAUGUUAACUCCAUUUCUAACUCCUCAGGAUAAUUUUCAAGAUAUCACAGUGGAUAAUUUCAAUCAUAAUUUCCCCACAAAUGAACGAAACAUUAGCAGUAAUAACCCAUUAUCAGCCACACAGAUACCACUUACAAUGGCUAGCUCUUCAGUUUUAAAUGAAAGUAGUGAUUUCCAAAAUGAAGUUACUUCGACUGAAGAUCAUAUUUACGGAAAUAUUCUUGAACCAGUUUUUGCAAUUCCUCCAACACUGCCAACCAUAAAACCUGCUAGCACAAUUUCACUUAUAUUUUCUCAACAAUCAUCAAUGACCACUUUGACCAGCAAGGCAGCUUCAAAGCCCUUAAGUUCUGCUGAAAACACAUCUCUAUUUGAAAACACUUUACUCACAAAUUUUAUUACUGAAGCAACAAAAAUGGAACGAACUGGUACUUCGAUAGAUACGCGCAGUUGGCCAAAAGUUGAAGAAACAACAGCAGCAUCAAUUAUUUUACUAAAUACGUCAACAGUGACUUCUUACGACACUUCAUCAACGUCAAGGACCACAUAUUCCAGUUCUUCAUUCUUGCUAACAGCUGUAACUUCUAGUUCACCAACGAAUAUACUUCCAACCAUUCCAGUUAUUCCUGUUAAAACAUUAACUAGUAGCCGAACAUCUGAAAUCAUUAUUAGCAGUCUUCCGGUCACUUCUCGCAUCUCCCAGUCAUUUACUAGCACAUCGACAACAGGUGGCUCUGGUGAUGUUACUGAGGUUAUGGUUUCCGAAAAAAAAUAUCCUGACGAAAAGAAUCGCGAAUAUGUUCAAACUGACUUUAUCGAAUUUAGUUGGGGUAGUAUUGCAGAAAGUGGUAUACUUAUUACAACGACUGCCACCGCAAUUGCCACCACGGCACGUACAGGUGCAGGAGUAAGUGUUACACCAGAAAAAGUGCGAAGAAUUGAGUGUAUCGAGAUAGAACCAUCAAAAAAGCAAAAUACCUCAUUGCUCACCAAAGGUUCAACAGUUAUGGGUACAUCAGAGGCGACAGUAGAACGGAUCGUCGUGAAAACAAAUCGUUCAAUCGGCUCGGCAUGGACUCCAUUUGCUUCUCUACCAUUUGAAUUUCCACCAACUGCUCAUUAUCCGUCCACUGCUUCAAUUCGAAAGGGCAAUUUUAUCCUGAAAGAUAACGAAGCAAAGAGUGAAAUAACUUUUAACACAAAUGAAAUUUCAAAGAAUAAAAAAUGGAAUGAAAGUACUUUGGAUGUUCCUUCCGUCCCGAUGAUUACCGAUGUGAAAGAAAUUUUCGGUAAAAUUGUGCAACAUGGCUCUCAAAGAAACGAAAAUCCGAGGACUGAAUUUGAGCAGCAGCAAAUUUUCUUUCCCAGCAGUAAAUUCAAACGUGCAUUGUCCAGCUUUGAAAAUGAAGAAAUCUAUGAACUUCAACUGAAAAUCCCGCUUGAAAUCAAUUUAACAGCAGUAGAAUUGCAUCGUGAACUAUUGCUGGCACUGAAAAAAUUUGUGAUUUUCACUAGUUUGCAUGAAAGACGCUUACCGAUCAAUGAAGAUGCAAUACGGAUUAAGAUAACAAAUACGGAACGAAAUGGUGAUUGCCUGAAAGUGCUCUAUUCAGUAUUCAUUAACGCAAAGGUACCUUUCUACAUAAGUGGUUGUAGUGCGGGGAUAAAUGCAGUAUCCAAUUGCGCUCAAAAUCAUGAAUUCAGCGGUGCUAACUUAUUAUUUGUAGCAGUCGGCAUUCUGAUUCUUAUGCCAUUUUUUAAUGGUGUUCUAUUGGUUUGCCACAAAUAA